AUGGGUAAAGAGUUGGUGCGGGAGGUUCUACAUGGAAGUGAUAUAGCAAGCUACAAUCUAUUACUAUGGUGCACGGGCAAGGUUGCUGAAACUAACCUAGGAAGCAUUAUCAAAAUUGAUAGGGAUGGUGAGCGAUUUAGGCGUGGUUUCUUCUAUUUCCAUGCGAGCCUUGAUGGUUUCCGAAAGGACUAUAGACUACUGUUGUUCCUUGACGGAACUCAUUUGCUUAGCAGAUAUGGCGGUGAUGCGUUAUACGGUGAAGAAAACUAUGAUAAGAUCAUUACAUUCAUCUUAGAUAGGUCAAAGGGCCUUAUCAAUGCUAUUGCGAGGGUAUUUCCUUCCUCCCCACAUGGUUACUGUCUACGACAUCUACAAGCAAAUUUCCUCAAAGCAAAUAGCCGACUAGGGAGGGCAUUGAAAGAUGAAUGCUGGAGCCUGCUUGUAAAAAUUGCUUAUGCUUGCACGGCUUCCAAAUUUGAUGAUUAUGGUUCUCGAUGGGGUGAAAUGUACUCCAAUGUUGCUGAGUCCUUUAAUGCCUGGAUCAGAGAAGCGCGACAUCUUCCCGUGUGCAACAUAGUCGAUUCGAUAAGAUUUAAACUCAUGAACAUGAUGUAUAGAAGGCGUGAACAAUGCCAGAACUGGGAUACACAUCUUUGCCCUGUACUUCAUAAAAGGAUUGAGGAAACAGUUGAGGAAAGCGGAACCCUAGUCGUUGGGUUGUUCCAACGAGGAACAAUUUGA